GCGGCGCCGCUGGCGGCCUGCAAACACCUCGGCGAACGCCACACCACGCUGCAGCUGUCCCCAUGCGCACCCCAACGGCGCUUGGCUCCCAUGCGCUCCGGUGCAGUGCCCCGGGUUCGGCCACGGCCCCCUGCCCUGGCACUGCCCCCCGCGGGCCCCGAGUCCCUGACCCACUUCUCCUUCAGCGAUGAGGACACCCGUCGACACCUGCUGGGCAGAUCCGUCAGCUUCGAGGGGGAGAAUGGCCCCACACCCUCACCUGGCCGCAGCCCCCUGGACUCGCAGGCGAGCCCAGGGCUGGUGCUACACGCUGGGGCGGCCACCAGCCAGCGCCGAGAGUCCUUCCUGUACCGCUCAGACAGCGACUAUGACAUGUCACCCAAGACCAUGUCCCGGAACUCGUCGGUCACCAGCGAGGCGCACGCCGAGGACCUCAUCGUCACGCCGUUUGCUCAGGUGCUGGCCAGUCUCCGGAGCGUCCGCAGCAACUUCUCACUCCUGACCAAUGUGCCCCUUCCCAGCAACAAGAGAUCCCCGCUGAGUGGCCAGACCCCCGUCUGCAAAGCCACACUGUCAGAGGAGACGUGUCAGCAGUUGGCCCGGGAGACGUUGGAGGAGCUGGACUGGUGUCUGGAGCAGCUGGAGAGCAUGCAGACCUACCGCUCGGUCAGCGAGAUGGCCUCGCAUAAGUUCAAGAGGAUGCUGAACCGUGAACUCAUACACCUGUCAGAAAUGAGCAGGUCAGGAAACCAGGUUUCAGAGUACAUUUCUACAACAUUCCUGGACAAACAGAAUGAAGUGGAGAUCCCAUCACCCACGUUGAAGGAGCAGCGAGAGAAAGAACAAGCACCGCCACCCAGACAGAGACCCGCCCAGCAGCCCCCGCCCCCGGUGCCGCAGUUCCAGCCCAUGUCCCAGAUCACUGGGGUGAAAAAGUUGACGCACAGCAGCAGCCUGAGCGACUCCAGUUUUCCCCGCUUUGGGGUGAAGACCGACCAAGAGGAACUCUUGGCCCAAGAACUGGAAAACCUGAGCAAGUGGGGCCUGAACAUCUUCUGUGUGUCCGAUUAUGCCGGAGGCCGCUCCCUCAGCUGCAUCAUGUACACGAUAUUCCAGGAGCGAGACUUGCUGAAGAAAUUCCGCAUCCCCGUGGACACGAUGGUGACGUAUAUGUUGACGCUGGAGGACCACUACCACGCCGACGUGGCCUACCACAACAGCCUGCACGCGGCCGAUGUGCUGCAGUCCACCCACGUGCUGUUGGCCACGCCUGCGCUGGAUGCCGUGUUCACAGACUUGGAAAUUCUGGCUGCCCUCUUCGCAGCUGCCAUCCACGACGUGGACCACCCUGGGGUCUCUAACCAGUUCCUCAUCAAUACCAAUUCAGAACUGGCGCUCAUGUACAACGAUGAGUCGGUGCUCGAGAAUCACCACCUGGCUGUGGGCUUCAAGCUGCUGCAAGAGGACAACUGCGACAUCUUCCAGAACCUCAGCAAGCGGCAGCGACAGAGCCUGCGCAAGAUGGUCAUCGACAUGGUGCUGGCCACAGACAUGUCCAAGCACAUGACCCUCCUGGCUGACCUGAAGACCAUGGUAGAGACCAAGAAAGUGACCAGUUCGGGGGUGCUCCUGCUGGACAACUAUUCUGACCGCAUCCAGGUCCUUCGGAACAUGGUGCACUGUGCAGACCUGAGCAACCCCACCAAACCGCUGGAGCUGUACCGCCAGUGGACAGACCGCAUCAUGGCCGAGUUCUUCCAGCAGGGCGACCGCGAGCGCGAGCGCGGCAUGGAGAUCAGCCCCAUGUGUGACAAGCACACAGCCUCCGUGGAGAAGUCUCAGGUGGGUUUCAUCGACUAUAUCGUGCACCCGCUGUGGGAGACGUGGGCAGACCUCGUCCACCCGGAUGCCCAGGAAAUCCUAGACACGCUGGAGGAUAACCGGGACUGGUACUACAGUGCCAUUCGGCGGAGCCCAUCGCCACCGCCCGAGGAGGAGCCGGGGGGCCCAGGCCACCCACCCCCACCGGAUAAAUUCCAGUUUGAACUGACGCUGGAGGAGGAGGAGGAGGAAGAAGCACCCACGGCCCAGGAUGUGUCUGAAGUGCCUGGAUCGCCCCCAGCUCCGGAUGCUAGCCUGGCCCAGGAUGCAUCUCCCUCUGAGGAUCUUUUCAAGGUCAAGGGCCGGGAUGAGGUCCACGUAGAAGAACUAAAUAUGGCACAGUGGGCUGACUCAGCCGGUGGUGUCCCCGAGGCCCAGGACGUAUCCGGGUCCCCGAAGGAAUAUAUAGGGGCCGUAAGCUACAGCAGCUCUCCUGCCCUGUGUCUUGAAAACCCUCUUCUACCUGCCUUGAGGACCCCGUCCAUUCCAGAGGAGGCCCUGGGCCUCCCGGGCCUCCCCUCCGUGGCGGCCGAGGUGGGGGCCCAUACAGAGCACUGGGCUGCCAACAAGGCUUGCUGGGCCUGCACAGGGACAUCUGGGGACAACCCAGCCACACUCCCAGCUCCUGGCAGGUGGGGAUCAGGUGGAGACCCUACCUGAGCCCCAACCCCUUCACUCCAUUGUCCUCCCGGCCUCCCUCCACCCCAGCCACCCUUCUCCUCCCACUGCCUCAGUGAUUCCUGGCCCUCCUAAGAAAAAAGAAAACAGAAAAGUGGAGGAUUUUUUCUCUUUUCUUUUUUUCCCCCUGCCUUCCCCUCGCCCCCACCUAUGGGGCCUUUUAUUGGAGGUGGGGGCUGGGGAAUGAGGGGCUAAGGUCCCAGAAGGGAUUUUAUUUUUUUGAAUUUUAAUUGUAACAUUUUUAGAAAAAGCCAAAAAAAAAAAAAAAAAAAAAAAA